GGAGGGAGCAGCAGUCUGUGGCUGGUUCUGGACGGAGAGACGCGGAGAAGCAGUUUGGUCUGAAACAAUAAUUCUCUCGAUUCUUCUCAAAGGUUCUUCUGGGUUUUCCUCCCGCGCACAGUGACGCGCCGGCUCCUGCUCACGCGUCCUGCGCGUCUCUGCGGGACUCCAUGGUUUUAGACGCCGCGCGCGCUCCGGAGCCCUCGGCCGGGAUGUAGCGGUGGACGAACCCACAUACAGCAGCUCCUCGCCGGCCUCCUCGUCCCCACACACCCCGGAGGACACUGAGCUCCAGCGUGAAGACGCUUCAUGCUGGUGCGUGGACACAGAAACUCGCCUGUUAAAGUUUUUAAAAACUUCCUGGAACAUUGAUGGUGGGUCUCCUGGUGAUGACUCCUGCCCGGAGGUCCUAGCUGGCGGCUUGUUAUUUCCCACCACCACUGCCCCUCAGCCUAAUGAUGACUAUGAGCUCCAUCUCGGACACUCUGGUGCCGCCUGAUCCGUCCAAAUCCGCCUUUCUGGAGUUCGGCGGCCACAGCUACCCCGGACACCAGCAGCCCUCCCCCGGCCUGUCCCACAACCACUACCCGGUGCACGGGCUGCACGCCGUGGGCCCGGCGCAGCACGACGGGCCCUUCGCCACCGGGGCGUCCUCGUACGGUCGCCCGCUGGGAUACCCGCCCUACCACAGCCCCGUGAGCGCGCACCACCCGGGGGCCUACCUGCAGUACCAACACGGGGGUCACGGCGGCGCGCUGGGCCACACCAGGCUGGAGGAUGGAGAGCAGGACAAGCCCACCGCGGUGAUCGAGAACGGGGAGGUGAGGCUGAACGGGAAGGGAAAGAAGAUCCGGAAGCCUCGGACCAUUUACUCCAGCCUCCAGCUCCAGGCGCUCAAUCAGCGCUUCCAGCAAACCCAGUACCUCGCCCUGCCCGAGCGGGCCGACCUGGCGGCCAAGCUGGGCCUGACGCAGACCCAGGUGAAAAUAUGGUUCCAGAACAAACGAUCUAAAUACAAGAAGAUCAUGAAGAACGGACCCUGCGGACCUGAGGGAGACCAUCUAGCCCCCCCACCGCCGUCCUCCUCCUCGCCUUGCUCCCUGUGGGACAACAGCAUGGUCGCCAAAGGUGCACCAGUGCACUCUGGGGGAUAUAUGAACAAUUUUGGACUCUGGUACCCUGCACACCAGCAGGACUCCAUGCCAAGAACUCAGAUGAUGUGACAGACAGGAAGGAGGACGCAACACUUCCAGGACAAGUGAUGGAUUUAUGCCCGACUGGAGCCGUUCAACACACGGACAUUGUUUGAGUCUGAGCCGCUCUGGAGGCAAAAAUACACAGGAAGUUAACAGCUACUUGAUUUUUAUUCCAACACGUAGCUUCCAAAGUAAUAACAGUCGAGUAAUAAGUUGAAAAAUAUCACUUUAACUUAAAAAUACGUCUGAGGCUGAAAAACUGACUCUGAAAAGGUUUCAAACUAAAACAAUCUCUGUCCACACGAUUGGUUGAAUAUCAUCUGGUCUCCUCCACGUGUGAACAGCAGAGACGACAGGUCCAGUCACACUGACGUCCAUAGUUCUCCAGGAAGGAGGAGGUCAUGUGAUAGGAGCGUCACGAAUCAGUGAAGGCUGCGUCAUGUCUAGCGUCUGUAAACGUCUCUGCUUUAGCGGCUCUUAGAGCUCUGGAGCAGUGUGAGCAUCAGACGAAUGCAGGACGUCACCGUCCGUCUCUGACGUCAGCUGCAGCUGCUCGUUUGAUCAAUUAUCGUUUUUCUUAUUCCAUCGAAAAGUCACAGAUUCUCCCUUUAAAACUGUGCGUCGGUUUAUUUCUGCCUCCAGAGCAGCUCCAGACGUUUUUGGUUAAAGCUACGACUCAAAGCUGAAGUUAGCGCUGCAUUUCCAAUUGUGGACAAUUCAGGUUUCAUUCUCUUCUCGUCUCUCUGGGUUACAGUUGAUCAGAUAAUUGUGGGGGUGGUUUUUUUUUUUUCUUCUUCUUACAGCAGUUGUUUCUUCACUGAACUUCACAGAUUCAAAGAACCCUGUGGUUUGCAAACACUAAAAACAGAUCAAAUUAAAUAAGAAAUAGAAUUCACUUCUUCUGACUCUCACCAUUGUGUGUAUUCUAUAAAUCUGACGGGGGUUUGUGUGACACAAUUAUGGUUGUGGCCUGUAAAGAUCCAUUAUGAAAGAAAUGAUUACAACACUUUUAUGAUUCUUAUAAAGCUCGUUUUAAGUAUGUAUGGUAAAUACGCACUGAAUGAACACAGCUACUUUAAUGUAUUAUUGAGUCUUAAUUGAGUCAAAUUAUAGAUAAAUGUAUAAUGUAUUCUGGCACUAUAAUAAAAAAAAAAAAUCUAAAGUAAGAUCAAACCAGAAAAGAAUACUCUAGACAUUUAUUUGAAGUCAUCACCAGGUCAUCCAGGACAAAUGUGCUGAUUUUGUGGUUUUCAUAAUUAAAAUAAUUGACAAAAUAAAAAUUCAUUGGGC